AGCGUAGUAUGCAGUGACGGUCUCGUUGUCUCGAGGAUGUGCCAAGCACAAGGCAAAAAGCAUAGCAGCAAGUGCGGAAAAGCGCACUUGAAAGCGACAAUCGCACGUCAAAGGGGUUGGCGGUGCUGGUGAGCGUUGCAUGGGAUUCUAAUUUUAAAGCUGCAGCUAAAAAGCAGAAGAAAUUACACAUCCAGUAAACAAAGAACUCCGGACAUGAUCGGUUGAUCGCGGUGAUGGCACAGACGUUUCGUUUUCGCAAUCGUUGCACUCACUUGCUGGCCAUACUGUGGAACAGAGACUUAAGUUAGCGCGACAGCAUAAAAAGGAGCAUUGUAAUUAUUCGAAUGCAUUUUGAAGAUUUGUAAUUUGUCUACAUAGACAUAAAUUUAGCUGCCACAUUGACAAGUCAUCAGCGUCAUCGUCGCCGUCGUUCGCAGCAUAAACUUCAAGGUGAACUGCAACAAAAACACUAAAAGCACACUUGAAGAGCAGAGGAAAAGGACGAAGAACGUCAACGCACUCUGGCGCAACAAACAGUCGUGCAUUGGUGGUGGUCUACAGCAGCAUAUGUUGCAGAAACUACAACAAAGCGUAAACAGGCGAAGACGAAGAAGAAACAGAGGAUUUGAAUGAAAGAAAGAGCUCGGGCAAUUGUAUGCGAAUCAAGGGUCGUGCAACAGCCAAACAAAAACAAUAUACUCGUAUAUUUAAGAUUACAUAAAGACUAACAACAACAAUAACUAAAAAAACCAUAAAUAAGCACAGACGAUGGCUAAGACACGUAUAAAAACAACACCGACGCGCUUGCAGAAGGAUGCGUUAAUGGCAUCAGCCAGCACCGUCACUGCCGCCACAGCAAUAACAAAGCCAGUGGUAACGACAUACCACACUACUGCACCGCCAGAUGAUGUCAAGAAACGUCUACGUAACCCAGCGGCCCUGCCCAAGCCAAUGCAGAGCGGCACCUCGACGAUCAUUGUUACAGCACCGAAACGUACAAAUUCCAUUUCAUCUAUCGCCUCAUCAAUUUCACAAAUUAGCGAUGCACACUCCGACACCGAAUCACCGCCUCCAACCGCCAUGGCAGCCACUACAACAACAACAAAAUCGACCAAGUCUUUACUCGUUGCUAACGCAUCCUCACAAGCGCCGCGCACACUCAACAGUCUGCUGUGCAAACAAGCUCACGCCCACUCAACGCCACGCAAUCGCAAAGUAUUUAUGAUUACGGAGAAGUCCGACGAACCGUCGGGUGCCGAAACGUCCACGACAACAGCGACGCCGGGACAGAAGAGGAAGAUGUACUUGAUUAUGGAGGAGAAUAGUUGCGCUGAGGAUGGUGAGGAGGACGAAGGUGACGAUGAUUUGACAAGAGAUGCACAUAAGUAUUUAAAACGAGAAAAUGGUCUGAUUGUAGGUGCGGGCGGUUCGAAAAAGUUAACACUCUUCGCGGACAAAGCGGACAGCGGCACGCUGACGGAGAAGUUCGAAAAGAUACUGCCAGAAAUACUGAAUCGCAUACAGGCCAAAGAUACAGGUGGUGGAGCUGUCGGAGCAGUGCUAACGUCCGCGCCACCGACGGUGACUUCGAAACUGCUGAAUGGCAGCACCAAUCUGAAUAUUAUUAAGUCUGAGCCUAUACAACAGCAGCAACAACAACAGCCACAUUUUCAACUCAAACAAGAGCACAACAACAAAGCGGCGACUGAAGCCAACAAUGAAAGACUACCAAUUACACUGCCACCAAAAAAGAAUCGUACAAAAAUCAUUACCACACAUCUACAAAACACUGCCUACAAUGACACUAAUAUAAGUGACAACAGCAUUGCCAAUAGUGUUUGGGGUAACUACAACAACAGUAGUAGUAGCAGCAGCAACAACAGCAUCAACAACAAUAACAGCAGCCAAAAAAUUGGCGCACAGUGUCAUAUAAAGCAGAUCUCUGCAGCCACGCCUGUCAUUGUAUCGGCGGUCACGAUGCAUGCACGACACAACAACACCAGCAGCAACAACAACAGUCAUGUUAAUAACAACAACAACACAAGUGAGAUUAAACGCUUUGCGCCCAAGCAGAGCAACAACAUAAAUACAACAACUAACACGAAUAUUAGAUACGCGAGUAAUUGUAACGGUCAUGCCGUCACAUCCAUGGCGCAAGUAGAAUUAGUGCCGCAGAAGAACAUUAACCUCUCCACCGAUUUUCACUUCCUCAUCAAAAUGCUGCCGAAGCUGGAAAGCAUACCCGAACCACACAAGAACAAUGUGAAGAAUUGCAUCGAGAAGAUAAUCACACAAAACGCGAACAUAUUUGCCAAACAGUAGCAGCCACACUUCGAAAAAGCGAAAGCGAGUCGAUUUCGAAAAAUGGCUGCAUUUCAUAACCUACACAUUUUCAUCUAGUUAGUCAAUAGCAUUUACUUCUAAGCAGCGAAAAAUAAUGUUUUCGCUUAUUUUUGCUGAAUCUUCGCAAAUAGUUUAAUCUAAGCAAGCGCAUUUUUUCAGAUAAGUCAACGCCUUUUUUACAAACGAAUGUUGGGCAUUCGCUAAAAUUUUGUAGUUUUCGAAAAACCAUAGUUGUUAAGCCAUUUUGCAUAAGUAUUUGAAGUGUAUUUGAAUUAAGUUUUGCAUAUUAAAUGCUGUUAUACAUACAUACAUACAAACAUAUUUUUAGGCAUACAUAUGCAUUUGCAUAUACAUACACUCUUGAGGAGUGUGUUUUAUGAUUUUUCAAAAACAUAGACUGACGGCGGUAAGGCUGCAAAUUAUACUUAGCUAUAUAUUACUUCAAGUAAAUUGUAUACAAAAAAAACA